AUGCUCGAGUCUUGCUUUCCAGGAGAACAUUCCGGAGAUCACGGCGAUGGGCACUUGUUCGAUGGGCCACUUCUUUAUUAUGGAGCUGGAUUGGCACGGCAAUACAUUGAUUCCUCUGGAUUGAUGCGGAAGCCGAGGGAGAGCAUUGGAAUGCGAGGCACGUUGCGUUACGUUAGCCUGGAGGCGCACGCCAGACACGACUUGGGACCCAGUCACGACCUCGUCGCCUUACUCUACUCCAUUAUCGAACUCGGCGACGGCGGACUUCCAUGGAGUAAAAUGAGGGAUGAGGCUGCGAUCAAAGCCAGUAAAAUGGGAACUACCGUUGAGAAACUGUGUCAGAAGCAGCCGAAAAUGCUCAAAAUGGCUGAGGUUGGCUGUGUAUCCUGA